ACAGGUGAGCGUUUCCCCAAUGAAAGAUUUUAUCACUCCAAAAGCGAUUUAUUUACAGCUAUGGAUUCUCGUUGUCCUGGUGCACGUUUCGGAAAAUAGAGUCAUUACCAAGAGGAGUACCGAUAGUUCCAUUAGAGGUUAUUUAACGGAGAGAAUUUGCUGGUGGAACGAAAUAUGUAAAGAGGAAUUUCGCAAUCAGUUCCGCUGUAAGUGCCCGGAGUGGUCUUAUUGCGGUGCUCCGGGAAAAUACUACAAUGCUUUUUGUACCAUGACUACCACUGGUUAUAUUUGGCAGCAGCCUGGUUGGAGGGAAUCCACAGAACCCGAAAGCCAGACGUAAGAUUGAUGACGUUCUUAUUUAACAAUCAAAAAUUUAGGGUAAUGCCUACUUUUAUCUAAUAAUGGCAAUAGAAAAAGGAGUAUUCAUACACAAAUACAGGAAUUUACAUAGUAGAUAUGAGACUAUAAGAUUAGUCUAUUAUCAAUAAAAGAGGCAAUCAUGUUCGAAAAUUUUAUUCUAAAUAAUAAAAAAACUGCCUAAUAUUUAUAUUGGUAGAUGUAGAAGUUAAUAAAUUUUUGGCUGUACUGGAUAAGUGGUUGAAGCUUCAUUGAGAAGUUGCUUGUUGGCAUUGCUAGUUUCAUUUCUAAUAAAUUUAUUUGAAAAGUUUAUACUACUUUCAUUGGUAAUUUAUUUUCAUUGGAAAAUUGGUAUAUCUACAAUGCUAUUUAGUUGAUAAAAAUAGGUGAAACUCUGUCUAACUUUACUAACAAAAAUUUCAACAUUCACGGUCAAUUUCUCAAUAAAAGUUUCAGCCAAUUACUUGAAAAAAGAUUUCCUGUUUUGACUUUUGAAAAACAUAAAAUUGUAAAAAAUGUAUUUUUCUCUUUGACAUUGUGUCGUGAGGUAAAGUUUUCACUUGUCAAGAGAGUUUGAAAUCGAAAUACUGUAACUGAAGUUUGUUAAUAAAAAAUGAUG